AUGAAAACUGAAUAUGAAUUGAAAAAAUCACUUUCACUACGAAUACGUAUGAAAUGGUGGUUCAGGCGUCAGUUUCGGCUAUUCAAACAACAGCAUCUGUCCGCUUGGCUACCAGUGCUAACCAAAUACACUGUUUUACCAACUUUUUUCCUAAUCUCUAUGUUCAUGAUUGCAGUCGGUGUGUGCUUACUCUAUCUGACCGGUACUGUCCAGGAAUGGCGACUAGACUAUACCCACUGUUCGCCAGUCAACUCCACCAGUACCUGUGCUGACCAGAUCAGCGGCAGUCAGCAGCAGCUACCUGUCCUCCUCCAGCAACAACACCAACAACAGUGUCAGUGCUGGUAUCGGUUUGUUUUGCGCGAAAAUUUCGUAUCAAAUGUUUACGUAUACUAUGAACUGUCCGGCUAUUAUCAGAGUCUAAUGAAAUAUAUAUUAAGCAAAAAUACGGCACAAUUAGCCGGUUCGUUGGCCAUACCGGACAAAUGUGACGACAGUGGCGGCCAGUAUAACAUGUUUAUGUAUGAAAAAGUCAACAACAACAAGGAUAUGCCGGUUGCACCGUGCGGUACAAUUGCCAACAGUUUGUUUAACGAUACGUUUAGUUUAUGGCGGGUCAGUGGUGAUGAUAGUGAUAAUAAUAAUAAUGGUGGACAGUCAGGUCUACAGCCGGUGCCAUUGCUAUACACUGGUAUCAGUUGGCCAACUGAUAGGCAAAAAUUUCAUAAUCCGAUCGGUAUUCCCUUAAAACAGGCCUACGCCAAUUUUACUAGUCCACCGUAUUGGCGCCGACAGUUAUGGGAACUGGAUCCCAAUAACCAGGACAACAAUGGUAUGCAAAACGAGGCACUUAUAGUAUGGUUUCAUACGGCAGCCUUUCCCCAGUUUCGUAAACUGUAUGCCAGAGUUGAUCACAAUAGAGAAACGGUAUAUAAAUCGGGACUACCGGCUGGUGACUAUGUUAUCAAAAUUGACUAUAACUAUCCGGUGACCAUGUUUUCCGGCACCAAAAGCAUAGUCAUUGGCAAUACUUCAUGGAUGGGCAAUAAAAACCCGUUCCUGGGUAUAGCCUACAUAGUAGUCGGUGGUCUAACAUUUGUUAUAACAAUACUAUUAUUUUGGAUUCAUAUUAGAUAUGGAUAUAGCAAAUAUGAACGAUUAACCAUAACCUCCCGUACACCUUAUUUUAGUAGCAUAAAAGAGCCUAGACAAAUUAAAUGGCGCAGAUAUUUUAGCUGGCUUAUUGUUUGGCGAAAAGUUAAUUUUUAA